AUGAACGACGAGAUGGACAUCAGAAUCUGGCUGGUUUCUGAGAUUCGUGAAAACUACGACAACGAGGGCCGGCAGCCCCAGCCGGCCAUCACGAGUGCAGGCUUCUGGGGUUUCCUCAUGGUGCUUGAUAUAUGCGUCCUCUGGGAACUCCUGCACGAGCUGCAAACCCUUCCUGUCGUCGAGAAGCGCAGUCUAAUGAUCCGCUCCCUUGAAUCCACGGCACAUGUUCUUCCGCGACUCAUCAGAAUACUUCUUGGACCAUUUCUUGCCGAAGAGCCCCAUGCUCUGGGUGCUUUGAGAUAUUCAGAACACCCCCGGCAUCAACUCGAGCGCGUUAAGGCACUCAGCCGCGAUGGAGGGUUGUGCGUCGCUACGCACACUGCAAAUCCCGACGUGUGCUAUAUUUUCCCUCCGGCAACCCAGAAGGACAAUGUGAGGACCACGGUGCUUUGGAACUCGUUCAAGCUGAAAUGGGCCUGGGGCUCGGAUCUUUGCCACCGGCUUGAACAAAAGCUUGAGUUUGGGAAAACCGAACGGUGCUGGGACACUACCAACAAGGCGGCGAACAUGAUCUGUCUGAGCCGUCAGUUGCAGCGCAGCUGGGCUCGAGGCCAUCUAGCAUUGGAACCCCUCGAAUCAUCCUCGUCGUCCGCUCCUAUGCUGCGACUCAAAGUUCAUUGGCUGAGAAGAACCCGGAUUCCGUCGGCAGCAAGCACGGUUUCUUUCUCCGCAGACCCCCGCCAGAUGUUCGUCCAUGAGGACGAGCGGUUCGUAGCCCCCCGUCCGAUCGAAGACGGUCACAUCAUCGAGAUCGCUGCCGACAGCGAAGACCAGCUCCCGGACAGGGACUUGCUUCAAUUUAGGUGGGUUCUUCUGAGGGUUCAUGCUUUGUCCGGAGCUCCUGAUCACCGGGUCUAUCCUCUCGACUACGAGACGAUGUCUGAAAUGAUGAUAAAUGGGGGCAUGCGCCAAACAGUUAUACAGACGGUGAUUAGAUAUCACGAGACGGGAAGGAGAACCUAUUAUGCGGAGUAG